UUGAGGAAGAAGGCAAAAUGGCGGAUGUUCUAAGCGUGAUCCGCCAGUAUAAUAUCAACAAAAAGGAAAUAACCGAGAAGGAAGAACAAGUUAUUUUCGGUGAAUUUGCAUGGCCAAAAACUGCGAAAACAAAUUAUCUCAUUUGGGGAACCGGCAAGGAAGGACUAGCCAAGGAAUAUUACACAUUGGACUGUAUCCUCUUCUUACUAAAAAAUGUGCACCUGCAGCAUGCUUUGUAUGUGCGUCAAGCUGCGUCCAUCAAUGUGCCAGUGGUGCGUCGUCCUGACAGAAAAGACCUUCUGGCCUACCUGAAUGGUGAAAUCUCCACAUCCACUAGUAUUGAUAAAAGUGCCCCUCUGGAGAUCUCCCUUCAACGACCUACUCAGUUGAAGCGAGCAGCCGAUGACACAGCACCAGAUAGUGAUGCCAAAAAGCCUAGAAUUGAGGAGGCUCAAGUCCAACAGGCCAAGGAGAGACUGGCUGCCAAGUUGGAUGGACCCAAGGAAGGCUCCAUGUUUCCAGAUCAAAUAAAAGCAUCCUCCCUCUCAGAAGCCAUGUCCAGGGAGAAAAUUGCUGCAAUCAAAGCAAAGCGUCUUGCUAAGAAACGUGCCACAAUCAAGGGUGAUGAUGACAUCACACUUGGUGUAUUAGAACAGAGAAACUUUGUUGAUACAGAGGUUGACGUCACACGUGAUAUUAUCAGUAGAGAGAGGCAGUGGAGAACCAGAACAAGUGUUUUACAAAGUGCUGGAAAGACGUUCCUUGAGAACAUUACGGGUAUUCUGCAGGCAGUACGGGCCAGGGAGGAAGGUCACAAGAAACCCCACACCCACCCAGCCUCACACCCCACACGCAAUCUCCCAGCAGCUCCUGUUGGUAACCAGAAUAAAACACCAAAUGAAUCAUAUAACAGAUUCAACCAGGAAAGAUUUAAAGCAAAAGAAGAGACUGAAGGUUUCAAAAUUGACACAAUGAGGUCAUAUGCUGGAAUGACCUUAAAGUCUGUAACAGAAGGUGCCAGUGGACGCAAAGUGGAACCUGUCGCUCCACGUCCCAUAUCCCAGGCCAGACCCUCAUCUGGAGGGGGUCAGAAACGCACAUCAAAAACACCAAUCAUAAUCAUACCAGCUGCUACCACGUCACUUAUCACAAUGUUUAAUGCUAAAGAUCUUUUACAGGACCUCAAAUAUCUAUCAACAGAGCAAAAGAAAGCCCAAGGAUUAAAACGGGAUAAUGAAGUGUUGAUACAGAGGCAGAAAAAUAAUGGAACGACAGUACCAUUUAGAAUUAUAGACAAUCCUGGAAAACUGCAGACUCAAGACUGGGAUCGGGUCGUAGCUGUGUUCGUUCAAGGCCCUGCAUGGCAGUUUAAAGGAUGGCAUUGGGGGCAACCACAAGAUAUUUUUGCAAGAAUAAAAGCCUUCCACUUAAAGUUUAGCGAAAUUCCCCUUGAUAACAAUGUGAAGAAAUGGGACGUCACAGUAAUGGCAAUUGACCGACAUAAACGCCAUUUAGAUCGUGCAAAUCUGCAAACAUUUUGGGAGGUUCUUGACAGGUACAUGGCCAAGUACAAGUCGCAUCUGAGACACUGAACUAUCCCAAAAGUUGUACAUAUCUUGUAUAUACAAUAGUAACAAUACAAUAGUCGUAAUGUUUUAUACAUAUGGACAUGUUCCCAUUGUACCUCCUUGUGAAGAUGUAACUUGCAGUAAAUAUUGGGUUGUAAUGGUUGAAAGGGAUUAUCAGCAUAUUCGAGUGUAUAUUAUACUUAACAUAUGCAAUGAUGUUUAACGCAAAACAUUAAAGUGACUAGUAUACACUAUGUAUGGAGUGAUUCAGUAUUCCUUCACACCAGGAUUAUCAAAAUUUCUCUUUCAAAAUUUUAUUUCUUAUACAGUAAUUAAAGAUAAAUGGUUGAGAUAACUUUGAAUUGCAUUUUUUCUAAAAAAAUCUAUUGCUAAGUUUAUCAUAUCAUUUGAGACUUCAGUUAGAACAGUUUCUAUCCUUUGUUUGGAUGAAGUGUUAUGUAUUUUUGUGAAUGAAGGUACUACUUGUAAUUUAAACUAAUGUGUAUUUUGUUCAUUGUAAAAUAUAGGCUUACCUUUGUAUAAAGGCCUUGUAAUGCCUGGGUCACAUUUGCU